AGGCAACAGCAAUGAGGAGGAGGUUGAAGGAGGAAGAACAAAGAAAGACAGAGAAGGAGGUGAAGAAACCGACGCUGAGUCUGAGGGAGGUCCAGGCCAUGCUGAUGAGGAAGGCUCUGGCACCAGGAGGAAGAGGAGGCAAGAUGGCCGCCCUGCUGAUGAAGCACAUCGACAAGGAGAGGAAGAAACUCCUCAGUGCCACGCCCCAGCCUAACUCCUCCUCCUCAGUACAGACCAGUGUGAAGACGUUCCACAGUCAGAAGGGCCAGUACAGCGUCCACAUCAGCGCCUCCACAGCUGAUGGACAGGCAGGAGGAGGUGGAGGAGCUGAGACCAUCCAGGUGAUGUUCACGCCGACCAUCUGCAAGGUGCGCUGUGUGCAGGACCGAUGCGUCAACUACUGCGAACGAGGCAACGUGACCACGCUGUACAGUAGCAACGAGGCAACAGGAGGACGGAGCGGCGCCGGUGGACCGGGCUUCAGAGUCUUUCUUUGUCCUCUGCUCUGUAAGAACGGAGGCGUCUGUCUGCAGAAGGAUCGCUGUCUCUGCCCUCCAAACUUCACCGGAAAAUUCUGCCAGAUCUCCGUCACCCCCACAGUUCCCUCUGACCCCGCCCCUGCCCCCCCCGCCGCCACCUCAUCCUCCUCCAUCAAUGAAAUCGUGAAGCCUGCGCUCCUCAGCUCCAUGGCAGCCAAUCAGGAUCUGACCCAGUCUGAGUUCCUGCUGCCAUUGGUCCAGAGUCAGGAGAGAGGGACGCCUGGAGCCCCCAGCCCCCGCAUGGUGAAGGUCCGAGUGGAACACCCCCCUGAGGCCAGUGUGAAGGUCCACCAGGUCCUGAAGGUGUCUGGGUUCAGCCCCACCUUCCGGAGUCUAUCAUCCAGCUCACACUCUGGAUCAGCGGGGGCCCCGGCUCCGGCUCCAGCUCCGGCUCCAGCCCCAGCCCCAGCUCCUGCAGGAGGCAGCAGGGGGGUCCAGGCCCAGACCAUCAGGGGGGGCGGUACCUACACCCAGUAUUCUGGAUUCAAGUACUGUUUCAGAGAGGUCAAAGAUGGACAGUGCAGUUCUCCUUUACCGGGUCUGAGGAGUAAAGACACCUGCUGCAGAGGUUUGGGGAAAGCCUGGGGUAUCACCGACUGUGUCCUCUGUCCUCCCACUGCAGACAAAGGCAACAACAGCUGUCCAGUUGGAUAUGAGAAAGGAAAUGGAGCACAGUGUCAAGAUGUGAAUGAGUGCCUGGAGCCAGGGCUGUGUGAGAAUGGGUUCUGUGUGAACACCAGGGGGAGCUAUAGCUGUGUGUGUAGGGCGGGGUUCAUCCUCGACGCUUCACAUGGAAUCUGCAUCUCCCACAGUGUCAUAUCAGAGGAGAAGGGUCAGUGUUACCGGGUCCUGGGCUCUGGUCUGGGUCCGUCCUCCUGUUCCCUCCCCAUCCUCAGGAACAUCACCAAACAGAUCUGCUGCUGCAGCCGAGUCGGUAAAGCCUGGGGUCCAGACUGUCAACGGUGUCCGUACUUCGGAUCAGUGGCGUUUAAGGACAUCUGUCCAGCUGGUCCUGGGUAUCAUUACUCAGCAUCAGCUCUCCAGUUCAACCAGAGAGUCUCAGAACACCUGGGCAGCAGAGGGGCUGUGCUGGUAACCCCCGGCAACCAGGACAAGCCAGGUCCUGGUUCUGGGUCCAGUAGCAGUGGAGCUUCUAGGUCUCAGCAGAACCCGUCUUCCUCGUCGUCUGGUACUUCCCUGAGUUCUGCUUCAGGUGUGGGUUCCAGCAGAGGCUCGGGUGGUUCUGUGAUCAGCAGACCCGGUCCUCCUCAGCCUCUACCCGGGUCCCAUUCGGCCACCAAACCUGCACAGGCCGCUAGCUCCGGGAUCACCGUGCCACGGAGACCAGAAGUCCACGUAGUCCAGCAGGUCCAACCUGAGACUAGACCGGCCCAAACAAAACCACCACCAGCAUCCACUGGGGUUCAAGGGACCCGCCCUCAUGCCGUGUCACCUGGUGGGAAGGCUCCGCCCACUGUGCCCCGCCCACAGAGCCCUGACCGGGCGGAUGCUCCGCCCACUCUGCCCCGCCCACAGAGCCCAGGCCGGGGGGAUGCUCCGCCCACUCUGCCCCGCCCACAGAGCCCAGGCCGGGGGGAUGCUCUGCCCACUCUGCCCCGCCCACAGAGCCCUGACCAGGCGUCGCGGCCCACUGGAGAGGCCCCCCCUCUGCAGAGGAGACCCCCUGUCACCCCAACGGUCCGGCCCACCAGAGUCCAGAGUGUGUGUGUGAGCAGACCAGGUGUGUGUGGGCGUGGCCGCUGUGUGGAUCAGCCCGGUGGAAAACACACCUGUGUGUGUGAUCAUGGAUUCCAACCCAACGCUCAGAGGACAUUCUGCCAAGAUGUGAACGAGUGUGCACAGUCUGCAGGUGUGUGUUCAAGGGGUGAGUGUGUGAACACCGCUGGGAGCUACAGGUGUGUGUGUCCAUCUGGAUACAGGAGCGUCAGUCAGCAGACCGGUUGCCAAGAUAUCGAUGAGUGUGUGCAGAACCCCUGCCGCAACGGCCGCUGUGAAAACACACCUGGGAGCUACAGGUGUGUCUGUCGCCAUGGUUACAAGCUCAGCAGAAACACCUGUAUAGAUGUAGAUGAGUGUGAGGAGCCCCUACAGUGUCCUGGUCAGGAGUGCAUCAACAGCCAGGGCUCGUACCGCUGUGUGUCCUGUCAGUCAGGAUAUGGACUGUUGAACCGGGUCUGCACAGAUAUCGAUGAAUGUCGCCAGGCUCCCUGCUCCAACGGUCACUGUGAAAACACACCUGGAAGCUACCGCUGUGUCUGUCACCAUGGUUACAAGCUUCUGAACAACACCUGCACAGAUGUCGAUGAGUGUGCAGAACCUUCUCAGUGUCCUGGUCAGAUGUGUAUAAACACCAUGGGCUCAUACCGCUGUGUGUCCUGUCGACCAGGAUACACACUGACCAACAGACAAUGUACAGAUGUUAAUGAGUGUCGGAGGUCAGAUAUUUGUCCAGGUCAGGAGUGUGUGAACACAGAAGGGUCUUACAGCUGUGUGUCCUGUAAACAGGGACACCAGAGCGUCAACGGGGUCUGCACAGAUGUUGAUGAAUGCGAGGCAGCCGAUGCGUGUGAGGCAGGACGAGCCUGUGUGAACACUGUGGGUUCAUUCAGGUGUGAGUGUCCACCAGGGUUCAGGACCACCGGACUGAGGAGGCAGUGCACAGAUAUUAACGAGUGUUUGGAGUCGGACUUCUGCUUCCCCAGAGGUGAAUGUGUGAACACUGAAGGCUCGUACACGUGUGUGUGUUCACACGGGUUCACGCUGAGCGCCAACAGGACCGCCUGCCUCGAUGUGGACGAGUGUUCGAGGCCGGGCGUGUGUGUGGACGGUCGCUGUGUGAACACUGAAGGCUCCUUCCAGUGCCAGUGUCAGACCGGCUUCGUCACCAACCCAGAGAAGACUGCAUGUCUCGAUGUGGACGAGUGCAUCUCCUCCAGUGGCUCCGUCUGUGGGUCGCAGCGCUGCGAGAACACCAUUGGUUCGUUUCGCUGCCUGACGUCAUGUGACCCCGGUUAUCAGGUGUCGGCGAGCGGCACAUGCGUCGAUGUGAAUGAAUGUUCCAAUAAGACAGUGUGUGGAGAACACGCCUUCUGUCAGAACCUGAUUGGAACAUAUGUGUGUGUGUGCGACCAGGGCUUCACCUCCACCGCCGACGGAAAGGCCUGUGUGGAUGAGGACGAGUGUGUGUCUCUGCCGGACGUGUGCGGUUCUGCUCGCUGUGAGAACGUCGAAGGUUCGUUCAUGUGUGAAUGCGAACAACCAGGCGAGGAGUACGACAACACGGCCAGGAAGUGUGUGAACCCUGCAGGACCAGCAGGGACAUUACCCUCCUCUCCAUCGUCUUCCUCGUCCUCUUCGUCCUCUUCGUCCCCCUCCUCUUCGUUCCAUGUCAGUGUGUUGGAGAUGAUGCUGCCCCCCCUCCCGGCGGCUCGUCCUGGUGAGCUGAGGGAGUGUUACUACAACCUGGCGGAGCGAGGCACCUGCAGCCUGUUGGCCACCAACACCACCCAGCAGGAGUGCUGCUGCACCGUGGGGGAGGCCUGGGGGCUGGGCUGCCAGUACCACACCUGCCCCCCCCUCGACACAGCUGAGUUUCUCAGUCUGUGUCCGAAUGGUCGAGGAUACGUCAGUACUGGACCUGGAGCCUUCAGCUACAGAGAUGUGGACGAGUGUAAACGCUUCCAUCCAGAGGUUUGCAAAAACGGUGUGUGUGUCAACAACAUUCCUGGGUACAACUGUUACUGCUCCAGUGGAUACGUGUACAACAACACACUGUUGGAAUGUGUGGAUCAUGACGAGUGUGAAGAGGAGAGUUGUAUCGGAGGUGUUUGUGUCAACACGGUGGGUUCUUAUUACUGCAGCUGUCCUCAUCCUCUGGUCCUCGACGACACUCAGAGGAACUGUGUCAACUCCUCCCACCUCACUGUGGAUGAGAACCUGUCGCUGUGUUGGCAACAUGUGACGGCAGACCUGGUCUGUCAGAGUCCUCUACUGGGGGCCCAGCUCACCUUCAUGGACUGCUGCUGUCUCUAUGGAGACGGAUGGGGGAUGGAGUGUGCCCUGUGCCCCGCCACUGACUCAGAUGACUACGCCUCCCUGUGCAGUUCAGUUCUUCCUCUGUAUCCUGAAAGUUACCCAGACUCACCUGGACCUGGACCUGGACCAGGAAGGGCAGGAGCUCCUCCAUACUUCUCUCCUUUCCUUCCUCCGGACUCCUUCCGUCCUCCCGUCCUUCCUGGGACAGACUUCUCUCGUCUGGACUAUGAUGACUACUCUCCACCAGGGGGGGCCAGGUCUGCGUUCAGAGGGAGGACUCCCCCCACCUACAGUCUUCCUGAGGGAGCCUAUGGCAGUGAUGGUUACUACUCUGAAGGAGACUACGGACCUCCUGACGGAUCCAGACCUCCAUCUUUGCGCCUCCCCUCUGACCCCCGGGCUGAGAGGGCAUUUGGGGCCCGCCCACCCCCUCCCUCCCGCCCUGAUGGAGCUCCUCUGAGUCUGGCCCCGCUGCCCGGAGCUCCUUAUGAGGAGGAGGAGGAGGAGGAGGGGGCAUGGAGGCCUGGGCCCCCCUUUCCUCCAUUCAGUGACAGAAGAGGAGAAGGAGGAAGAGGAGGAGCAGCUCCGAGGAGGGUGUAUGAGAGACAGUAUGAGCCUUAUGCUGGCCUGAGUGCAGCAGAGGAUUGUGGGAUACUUCACGGCUGUGAGAAUGGCAGGUGUAUUCGUGUUGCCGAGGGUUACACCUGUGACUGUUACCAAGGAUACGAGCUGGACAUGACGUCUAUGACCUGUAUAGAUAUAAAUGAGUGCGACGCUGCCGUCAGUCUGGAGUUCCCAUGUGUCAACGCUCGCUGUGUGAACACAGACGGGUCGUUCCGUUGCAUCUGCAGGAGAGGAUACGUCAUGUCCCACAGACCCAACCACUGUGUGGCUGCGUAGACCGAACUGGGCUGAACCGGACCGGACCGGACUCAGCUGAACCCAGGAUGCUUUAGACUAGAUUAAACUGGUCUGGACUCCAUAAAGGUGGACUGGGCUGGAUUUGGACCAAACUGGUCUGGGUGUACUGGGUACAGAUCCAAAUUAGACCAGACUAAACUAGAACUGACCAGAAUAACAUGUACUGGACCAAAAUAACAUCACAUUGCACUAAAGCUAGAAAGGUUAGACUGGGCACAGGCUUGUAUUGGUCCGUUUAACUAGACUAGAACCAACUAGUUUAAACAAAACUGAGUUUAAACACUUUUAGUUUGUGUAGAUUCCACUAUAUUUAUACAAUAAAUCCACUUAUUUCAGCAACCAAAUGAAAUGUAAAUGUGUCGCACUAUCACACUAUGUAACUAGACCGUAUAUAAUGUGUAAUUAAAACUAAAAAAAGAACCAAAUGACACCAUUAUCACCAAAACACACAUGUGAACAG